AUGAAUGAUAAUUUAGCGAUUGAUGCGGUCAAUUCAUUUUCAUCUACAUUUAAUUAUAGUACAACAGUUCCUCAUGGCGAAACUAUCGAAGAAAUGUUGCAAUCAACACAAUAUCUCGAAUCAAGUCCUAUAACGUUUACUUAUUCUUUUGGAGGUAGAAGAGAGUUAAUCCCUGGUGAAGUCUAUCAGACUUAUCUUGACUUUAUGAAUAAAAACAAAGGAUUAACUGCUCUUCGCUCCGUUCUUUAUCCGCUUUUUUGCCAGCUAGUUAUCUAUUUCAGGCGUUACGAGGAGACAGAUAAAUGCAAAGAGUUCGUCGAAAAAUAUCUUUCAACAAUUCCUCAAGAAUAUUUACAAGAAGUUACACAAUUUGUAGAAAACGAAGAAUUUUACGAACGAUAUGCAAGUAUUUUUAACAUGCAGCAUUUCAUCUUAUACUGUGACGAGAAAACAGCCAAUGUUUUAGUUGAUUUUAUUAAUGAACAAUAUAAUUCUCAACUUAGAGCAUUAUUAACCGAUUCAAUUACCAUCAGAAUUAAGAGAGAUGUACAGAAAUUCUCAGAAAUUAGGUUUAUUUCACCAGACAAACACAGUGAAUUGUCAAUUAUCUCUGGAACAAUUCCUGGCUGCAAUCUUGCUGUUAUUCCUAAGAGUGCUCCAUAUAUUUAUGCUGUUCUUGAUGGAAAUAAUGUCGUUUGCCUAGAAACUGAAAAGCAUAUUUCAAAAAUACUCUACAGACAUGCAGCUCCUAUUACUACAAUAUGCGCUUCAUCAACAGGAAGCUUAUGUGUUACUGCUGAUGUAAGCGGAGUUUGCAGAGUUUGGUCUAAAAAUGGAUCAAGAUUACUUUCAGACGUUAUGUGUCCAAUUUGGUCCUCCUGCUUUGCACCGAUUGGAGGAGUGUUUGCUUUGGGUUACCAGGAUGGUACUGUUCGUCUUUUCCGUUCAGAUAAUUGCUCAGUAUUCAGAGCUUUCGUUGGCCAUACGAAAUCUAUCAUUGCAAUCUGUUUCCAUCCAAACUGCAGCUAUGUUGCAUCAGCGUCUCUCGAUUCUACCAUCAGAUUAUGGGAUGUAAGAACAGCGGAGACAAAAAGAUUGUUUAUUGCCUCACAGCCACCAUCCGCUGUUGCUAUAUCACCUGAUGGAAAGAAUCUCGCUUAUUUCGAUGGUUCUCUCCAUUUAUGCGAUAUCGGAACUGGAGAAAACAAGGCUUUAGUUGUUCUACCCCUCAAAUUUAUUGCUGGUAUCCACUUCCUUGCAAGCGGUACAAACGCUGUUGUAGUUGCUAAAGGUGGAGCUGUUUUUGCUGUUAAUUUCGAAACUCAGAACGCAACUGAGCUGACAGCUGUUGAAAAGACAGUUGUUUUCUCAGGAAUCCCACAAGAAAACGAGUUAAGAAUACUCACAGCUGAAUAA